CACCCGAGGAAUUUUGAGUCCGUCUUGAUUCGUUUCAUUACUUUGAAUGGAAAACGAAAUAUAUAAUCUGGACCUGUAUAAGGUGGGAGCACAUGUACGAAUAUUGAAAAGAUCAUUUAUUGUAGCAAUAAAAAAAAUGACAUCUUUCCUCCUAUAUUUUUUGCAACUGAAAUAUCAGUUAGAGGCUAUUCACCACACAACUGAACAUCUUGAACGAUUCACCGUUCAUUAUAUCAUAUGAUGAAAAUAAACAGGUUAUUAAUCAGCAUUCACACUAGUGAAACCAAAUUUGGGGUUGGAAAAAGAUGUAAAGAGCAUAAAAGAUGCUGGCUUAAAUCAUAACUUGGUGGAAGAGCAGCAGCAUCUCUGGAAACACCUGCAGCAUCAGUGCGUGUAACGGGCGCGGAUGGGCGGAGUCACGGACACGCGGACACUGACCGCGACUGAAAGACAGUUGACGCGCCGCUGGAGAGACAGACGCGUGACGGACAGACACCGGUCAAACAGUCUCCACAGGACAGAGUUUGCCGUGUUGAAUCAAACUCAGGAGCUCAUGAUGCCCGUCCUGAAGAGAGAAACAGCCGAAGCCCACAGCGACUGCAAUAUGCUGCCCAAACUCCCUGUUCCGGACCUGCAGCACACACUGGACGCCUACCUAAGAUCCGUCAAACACCUCGUUUCUGAAACGCAGUUCCGGAAAACCAAAGCUCUAGUGGAGACUUUUGGCAAGCAUGGAGGUGUUGGAGAAAGACUGCAAAAACUGCUGCUGGAGAAAAGAGAAAAGACCGAGAACUGGGUGUACGACUUCUGGCUGGAAGACAUGUACCUGAGGAACAGAAUGGCACUUCCCGUGAACUCCAGUCCUGCGCUGGUUUUCCCCAAACAACCGUUCAGAGACGUGAAAGACUCUCUGGUGUUUGCUGCUCGUCUCAUUCUGAGCGUUUCUCAAUACAAGUCGGCGGUGGACGGGAAGACUCUGCUGGUGGACGUCGCUCGCGGUCAGAAGGCCGACACGCCGCUCUGUAUGGAUCAGUACAAGCGUCUGUUCAGCUCUUACAGACGGGCCGGACUCCAACAGGACACGCUCAUCACGGCAGACGGCACGUCUGACACGGGACACGUCAUCGUGGCCUGCAAAAAUCAGUUCUUUGCGCUGAAUCUGUUGGAAGGAUCCUGUAAACUGAACGAGGCGGAUGUUCAGGCUCAGCUGGAGUGGAUCCACGAGCAGACGCUGAAUGCUGAGCAGAACCAGCCGGCCGUAGGACUGCUGACUGCCGACGGCAGGACAGACUGGGCCCGAGCCAGAGACGAGCUGCUGAAAGAUCCAGUGAACAGAGAGUCCAUGGAGCUGAUGGAGCGCUGCAUGUGCGUCGUCUGUCUGGACGAUCCCACGGGACUCGAACCCAGCGACGCGAACAGAGCUGCACUGAUGCUGCACGGAGGAGGACACGAUAAAAACGGGGCAAACCGCUGGUACGACAAACCCCUGCAGUUCGUGAUCGGUGCAGACGGCGUUUGCGGGGUCGUGUGUGAGCACUCGCCGUUUGAGGGCAUCGUUCUAGUGCAGUGCACCGAACACCUGCUGAAAAACAUACGCUCCUGUAAGCAGAGCUCCGGUCGAAGCCCGUCUGAACUUCCUCGUCCACGCAGAUUAGUGUGGAAAUGUUCCCCUCGGAUUCAAGGCGCGCUGGCCUCCGCUGCGGAUCACCUGCACAGACUCGUGAGGAAUCUCGAUAUGAACGUUUUCACGUUUGCGGCUUACGGGAAGGAGUUCAUCAAGCAGCAGAAGAUGAGUCCAGACGCCUACAUACAGCUGGCUCUACAGCUGGCCUUCUACAGAUGUCACAGAAGACUCGUCUCCACCUACGAGAGCGCUUCUCUCCGUCGGUUCCGGCAGGGACGCGUGGACAACAUCCGCUCGGCGACUCCGGAGGCUCUGGCGUUCGUGAAGGCCAUGACAGACGGCAGAACGUCCACUCAGGACGCAGAGAAGAUGGAGAAACUGCGAGCGGCUGUAGAUGCUCAGGCAAGAAUCACAGCUCUGGCCGUCACAGGGAUGGGGACGGACAAUCACUUACUAGGACUACGUGAAAUUGCCAAGGAGGUAAAAAAGGAGGCGCCAGACAUUUUCUCUGAUGAAACGUACCGCAUCAGUAUCCAUUUCAUCCUGUCGACCAGUCAGGUCCCCACCGCAGAGGAGAUGUUCUGCUGCUACGGGCCGGUGGUUCCUGACGGUUACGGCGCAUGCUACAACCCACGGCCCGCUCACGUGCUGUUCUGCGUGUCCAGUUUCAGAGAGAGUAAGGAGAUGUGUUCAGGGCUGUUUGUGAAAGCGCUAGACGAGGGACUGCAGGACAUGAGGAACCUUUGCACUAAACACACAGAUCACAAGAGCACGCCAAAAUAACAGCAGCACGCUUCGCUAUUUUCAUAGAUGACCAGUACUGUAAAUGCUGCUUUUAGAUUAGAAACCUCUCUGACCGGAGACUAAAGAGAUAUGUUCGCUCUUCAGAGAAGUGUGCAUGUCCACUACAUAUAUAUUCUAUACACUGGCAUAUAUACAUAAAUACAUAUAUAACAAUAUUAGCAUGUUAACAUAUUUACGUAACUAUACUUUUAGAAUAGUUAGAAACUAAAGUAUGCAUAAGUUUGCAUAGUUUUUAGUCUGUAAAGCAGACUUUAAGACAAGUAAUAUUGCUAAUAUCACUAUGACUAGUGAAACACACACAUAUGUAAUACACAAACACAUACAUGUAAAACACAUACAUACUUAACAUACUACAAGAAUUGAUGUAUUUAAAAAACAAAAAAAAAUACUUUAUUUAAAAAUAUGAAUGUGAAUAUCUGUGUGAAAGCACAUACUGCGUGUAGAAAUACUACAGUGUGUUUAUUAGAGUGGAUAUAAUGUAUUUUUGCGUGCUCAAACAUCAUAGACAUAGGGAUUUUAAUUAUAUUUUUAAAAUGUGCAAUAAAUUCAGUUAAAGUGCAAUAAGUUAAACACUGUGAUAUUUGCACUAGAGACACGUGCACUAAUAAUCAUCAUCAUUACUAUGAACUCCUGACUCACAGGAACACACGUACGCAAGUAAAUACUUGUUUUUUGUCUUGUUUUUUGUUCGACUUCUUAUUUAUAUUAUGUAAUGCUGUCUGCCGGAUUCAUUCUGUAUUAUCUUCAUGACCGUCUGUCAGAUAAAAGUCUUCAUGAUUGCUCAUAACAUGUAUUUUUGUAAGAUCUAUGCAUUUUGCUCGUGUAAUUUAUUGGUUUGCCACUAUUGUAUUAAUGUGUUGUGUCAGUAACGGAAGGAGAUUCUGAGCUGUCAGUUGUAUGAAAUAUAAAUAAAUCAAAUAUGAAUAAA